AUUGCAGAUAAAAGUUAUUUAACCAAUGGUUAUCUAACUUAUCUAGACACUGUCAUAGACUAGAUACCAGGCAUGAACGGCAUACGAUUGAAGGAUCUCCCAAGUUUCGUUCGAGCCACCGAACCAAACAUCGAUUUCGUUUUGGACGUAGCUCACAAAGCUUCAGCGAUCAUUUUCAACACCUUCGAGCAUGAUGUUUUGGAAGGACUAUCUACAAUGCUCCCACCUAUCUACAUCCUUGGUCCUCUUCAAUCAGUCCUCAACCAAACCCCACAAAAUCACUUGAACACCAUUGGAUCAAGUCUCUGGAAAGAACAACAUGACUGUCUUUCAUGUCUUGAUUCAAAAGAACCCAACUCUGUCGUUUACGUAAACUUUGGCAGCAUAACUGUGAUGACACCCCAACAGUUGAUUGAAUUCGCUUGGGGACUUGCUAAUAGCAGGAAAACAUUCUUGUGGAUCAUUAGACCUGAUUUGGUUACUGGUGACUCGGCAAUUCUUUCACCAGAUUUUUUGAAUGAGACUAAAGAAAGGGGUCUAUUGGCUAGUUGGUGUCCUCAAGAACAAGUCCUGAGUCACCCAUCAGUUGGAGGAUUCUUGACACACUGUGGAUGGAAUUCAACUUUUGAAAGUCUUUGCAUAUGUUGUGUUGGCCUUUUUUUUUUCAGAGCAACUGACAAACUGUUGGCUCUGUUGCAAAGAGUGGGGUAUAGGGAUGGAGAUAAACAGUGAUGUGAAGAGAGAGGAGGUUGAGAGCUUAGUUAGAGAGUUGAUGGGUGGAGGAGAGAAAGGUCAUGGAGUGGAAGAAUUUGGGUGAAGAGGCAACAGCUUGUUCUGUUGGGUCAUCUUACUUGAAUUUUGAUAAAUUGGUCAGAUCUGUGCUCAUGUCCACUGGUUCAAAUGAAAGUAGUUGUGUGUGCCAAUUUUCCAUCUUACAAGCAAUUUCUGAAAUAAGUUUUUCACUGUUUGGAAUAAUGAUGUGCAAGUAUUUCAAUGCCAGGGGGUUUGGGGAAGGACUAGUAGUUUGAUUUGUC